GCAAGGCAAAAAUUAGUACAACGAAAUAUGCAAGAGAUGGCGUUGACAUCGAAUCAAUUGGGAUGAUUAUCAAAUGUCAUUAAGUAAACACGUUGUGUUAACAUUUAGCCGCAUUUCACAAUGUUUUGCCAUUUGUUUGUAAUUUAAGUGUUACAUUGUGAAAUAAUUGCAUACGUUUGAAAUUUGGAAAUUAAGUUAUGCAUUUUGGACGAGAAUUGUUUAUGUGAAGCGUUGACAAAUAUGUUGUUAUUUUGUCCAACCUGUGGCAAUUUAUUAUUGGUCGAAGAAAGUGCAAAUUGUUUACGAUUUUCUUGUGGCACAUGUCCCUAUAUCAGCAACAUAACGCAAAUAGUUAAAUCGCGUAAUUAUCCAAAAUUAAAGGAGGUGGAUGCUGUUAUGGGUGGAUCGGCUGCAUGGGAAAACGUUGAUUCAACUGAUGCCGUUUGUCCAGCCUGCAAUCAUAAUCGUGCCUAUUUCAUGCAAAUGCAAACUCGGUCGGCUGACGAACCAAUGACUACAUUUUACAAAUGCUGUAAUCCACAGUGUUCACAUAAUUGGCGUGAUUGAAGCAUUUUAAUGUAUUGUGUUUUUAUGAGACAGAUUAAGAAAACCUGAUAAACAAAA